AUGGACUCCGUCAAAAAGUCUAUCAAAAAGCCUCUGGCCUUAAAGGAUGCCAUCAAACUCACAAAAGACAAGGCUAUCAACGAUAAGCUGCUUAAACCUCAAAAGCCGCUGACGUUUGGUAUCGAAUUUGAAUUCGUGGUGGAAAUCGGAGAGGAUGAUAAAGCCAAGAUGAAAACGGAAAACCUAAAGCUCACACCCCAAGAUUAUACCAAAGUCAGAAAGUAUGUAGCCAGCAUGCUUUCUCCUGUCAUGAAGCAUAAGACGAGGACUACAUACAGCAAAAUUCAGGAAAACGGAAUACCAGACUUCAGCACAUGGUACGUUACCGUUGAUGGGACAAUCGAGAAAAGAAGAUCCAGAAAACAAUUAUCCUACCCCAUCGAAUUGAUAUCUCCAGCAUUGGACUUUAGCAACAACAGCAUUUGCGAGGUUGAAAAGGCUUGCAAAGCCAUCACCAACGGAUGUCAUGUUGAUGUUAAUAAAAGCUGCGGGUUACAUGUUCAUAUCGGUAAUCACGAUAAUGAUCUCAAGUGGGAGGAUAUGAGGAAGUUUGUUGCCAUAGUUUGGACGUUCGAACCGCACAUUGUGCAAAUCCACCCAACAAACCGACAUACGAAGGUUCAGUGUUGUAUCAUUCGUGAAAGGUAUUUGAACAAAGACGAAAAAGAUCCGAAUGUUAUCGAUGACCCGAAAGUCGCCAUGAAAAAGAUAAUGCGUUACAAGAGCUUAAUUGAACUGAAACAAGAGCACGAAGUAGACCAUGUGUGUGCUUAUAACUUGGGGAAAUUGAUCACACCUCCUGAAGGCGAAAAUGCAGACCCUAUUUCCUACCCACCGGGUCUGACGGCCAACAAAACUGGCAAGACUAUCGAGUUUCGACAACAUCGCGCGACACUAAAUACCGAGGAGACUAUCAGCUGGCUUCAUCUGUGUGCUGGUCUAUACAAACUGGCCCAAGCCCUAGACGAUGCGAGUCUGGAAGCUCUUCUCGAAAUUUGGGUCGAUGUUCUUCCAGAUGCAAAGUUACAAGGCCUUGACUAUAUAAUUCGGAACAUCCUUUGCCUCCCCAAAGUAGCGGACUUUUAUAAAGCAAGAGGAGUAGUGAAUGACGAUGACGAACCGACUGAAGCAAUACCAAUUGAAAAUGGGGAGGCGGGUCGCCCACAGGAAAGGCGCUUCGACGAGAUCACGGAAGCUGUUGUUACCUUUGAGCAACUCGACUUGAACGCGCAAGAUUGA